AUGACAGAUAAUGAUUGUGAUUUUAUGGAUAUUGACGAUGAAUACAUUUUACAGGACAUCACUUCGCAAAUCGUAGAAUUUCGUAAAGAGAACGCUUUAGAUACAUAUUAUGAGAGUUCUUUAACGACACAAGAACCAAUUAUUGAACAAGGUCCUGGAAAACUCAAACACGUCUCUGUAGUAGUCGUUGAUACAAACUUUUUGAUAUCCCACCUUGCUUUUUUGAAAACUCUCAUUUAUGUACACGCAAAAAAAUACAAAUUUCUUAUCAUUGUACCAUGGAUAGUUUUACAAGAGCUUGAUGGUUUGAAGAGUUCUCGGUGGAAGAACGAAACCUCGUCAAGUCAACAUGAAGUUGGGAAUUUGGCACAAACUGCAAUUAAAUUUCUGCAUAACUGUUUAGUUGACAAGGAGGAAGGACUACGCGGACAAAAAAUUGAUGAAAAAGUAGAAUUUAAUGAGAAUAAUGAUGAUAAAAUAUUGGAUUGUUGUAGAUAUUUUCAAAUGACCACUCAGCGUCCUAUAAUACUAUUGUCUAAUGAUAAAAAUUUAUGUGUAAAAGCAAUGAUUCAUGGUAUAAUAACGGCAUCUUACCAGAGGUCGGAAGGACUUGAUAAUAUUUUGAAGAAAAUAUUAUCCAAGGAAAAGCUCAACACUGAUUGUUUGUUAAAUAAUGGAUGGGAACCUGUUUCUAAAGAGUCAAGCACUAUAACGUUACAUAAUGACUAUGAUAUAAAAUUAGUGACCGAAAAUUUUGAUCAGGACGCUGAUAUAAUGAUGAUGGAUUAUGACGAAAUUCCACCAGAUUCUUCAUCCUCAAUGCAAAAUCAAGCAUCCAUGUAUGAAGCUCAAUUGCAGAAUUCUUCUAUGCCAUCUGCGAUGGUAUCAUGUUCGCCAAUGCUGACACAAAGGUUACAUUAUCCAGAGCAUUCUUCUAUUUACGAUUCAAUACAUGCACCAAAGAACAAGAGUAGUAAUUCGGUUUCAUCUAUCACAGCAUAUGAAACCAUAACGUAUUCUGCACAAAAAGAUAAUGGCCCGACUUCGUUUUCUCUUGACGAUUCAAUUCAUUCACCAAAGAAUAUUAAAAGAUCUACAAAUAAUAACAACAAUCCUGAACUUAUUUCACAAGGGGUCACCUCACAAGUCUUGAAUGAUAAAUGUGAUCAGAGGAUAGAAUCAAUAGGAAUAUUAAUGAUGAAUGAAGAGGCACCGUACUUCCCAGAAAGCGUAUUAUCAAGACAAAUCGAAUCAUUUCAAGAAUGUUUUGUGACAAAAAUCAUUGCUAAUCUUAAUAAUUUACUUCCGCCUGCAAUCUCGUUUCAUUUUCAACAAUGCUUUGGUGACGAUUGGAAUUUUGUUGUACCAGCCCAGCCUUGGUCUUUAUUUACGAUGUUGAAGUUCAUGGACCGUUAUUGGUUCACGGUAUUCUCCGACGUUUUUCAAGGAAUAAAGAGAAUUCGUAUUGAGACUAUUUCAAAUAUGAUUUCAUUUAUUUCUAUUUGGGAUAAAUAUGAACAAAAUAGAAAAAUGAAUUUCAAUAUUAGAGACAUAAUGCAAUUUCUAAAAAACUCGGAGAUCAUAAUCAAGAUGAUAUAUGAUGGCGUAAAAUGGAAUGACGAAUUAACGAUUGAAACAAAACGAGUUGCAAAAAAUUGGUGGAGUGAAUUUGAAUCGUCACUCAACAUAAUUUCAUAA